AUGGAAACGUUUGAAGCCGAGUUGGCUAAAGCAACAAACCUGAACAACGGGGACUUGCUAGGUGCUAUUGCUAUAGUCAUUGACAACAACGUUGAACGCGGUAUUUUGAUGCUCGACGAGCCAAUUAGUAGGCAUCUUCCAGAGAUUGAGAAAUGCCUACUCGUCAAGGAAAUGGAUGAAGAAAUACAGCCACGCUCCCCAAUUCGCGGCGUCAUGCUGCGUCACCUACUUCUGGGCACGAGUGGUAUGGGCACCCCCGAUUCAUAUCAAGAACGGUUCGGCAGCGAGGACAGAGUACCGCCGCCCGACUUUCCCCAUGACGCCCAUCCAUCAGCCAGGAAUCAAUUUACACACCUCUUCUUUGAGCCCGGUGAGGGCUUCGAGUACGGAUGGGGUAUCUAUUGCUACGUUGACCACCACAUCUUUGGCGCGCUUGGCAUGACCGCUUCCACCUACCGACCGGCUCUGGUGCCGCAUGUCUGGAGGCGUCUCCUGCAGAUGGUAGAGCGUAAGGUGGACACCUCCAAGAUGGACGGCAAGGCAUACCUCAUGGCCCGUGACAAGGACACGUAUGGCUUGACCUGCGGUGUAUCCGAUCUUGCCCGGCUCUUUGGCGAUCUUAUGUCAUCUAAUUGCAAGCUGCUACAGCGCCAGGAACACCGUGAUUUGUUUUUCACGCCGCAGUUGACUCCCGGUAGCCGUGCACACCAGUCGCUACUGGCCGAAACCACCAAUCAUGGCUUCCUGCUCCCCCUUGAACAGGACAUGUCCCAUAAGAUAUCCUGGGCGUUGACACCACCUCCGGCCAUGAACUGGACCGCCGCGGGUGCACUAGUUGAAGAGGACGGUACCCUCCUAGGCUCAGGUAUCCCCAAAGGAACUGUCGCAUUUGAAGGGCAGCCCAAUAUCAUCUGGACCAUGAACCGCGAAGAGGGACACAUGAUGCUUUGUUUAACACAAUUACUACCUGGCUACGAUGUGAAAGCACAUAAUCUGGCGGUUCAAUUUUUGUAUGACGCUUGGAAGACAUUUGGCUAG